AAAACAUCUAUGUCUAAAAAUCAUGUUCAUUUUUUUUUCUAUCCUCUUUGAUGAUCAUGUCGAUAACGCCAUCGGCACAGAAAUAACAAAAAUUUAAAUUUUUCGAUUAUCUCUACUUCAAAAUACCGCGUUACGAAAUCAUUAAUAUGUGUGACACUAAGGAAAAGCUGACCCAAAGUCACAGCUUGUAUUCCACAUUACCUUUAACAAAAAAACACACUGAAAAUGUUUGGAAAUCCGACAUAUAUUUGGUUCCACCCAACGAUUUGACUAACUUAAUUGGAGGUCAUGAUGUGUUUACGGGUAUUUCGAAUUAUAUUAAACCUCCAGGAGAAUAUUAUAAAAGAUAUGAACACGAUGAAAUGCCUGUUAAGGAGUCGAGUUUGAGUAAUUCUCACUCUGGUAACAAGCAGGGACACGAAUAUAACGGAAUAGUCUCACUUACCAACGCAACUAUACUCAAAAGUAAGUCAGAGAAACUCGAUACUGAUAAUUCAUACAGCAGCUUGGAGUCGAAUAUAAAGUUUUUCAGAACAACAGUUCAGCAAAUCUUUGACAACUUUUAUUCGACAAUGCAGGAUUUUGAAUUGUAUAAACAGAAAUUUCAAUUAAUUCUUCAAAAGAACAAGGCGGAAUCUAUAGCUGAAAUGGAAGAUUUCAUAAAGGAUAUGAUACAGCACAUAAUGUCCUCUGAUUCAGUAAGCAAUUACAAUCGCGGUACAAGUAUCGCUACGGAAACGAGGGAUGAACAAACUGUGACAGAUGGCUCUCAGUCAGAAAUACCUACUCUCAGUGAUGCAGUGACGGAUAAUGUGGAGUCCCUCUUCGAAGCUUACAAAAAUGACAAUUAUUUAACUGAUUCCGUCGUAGAUGAGAAGUCAAUUCCAACCAAAAGUACACAGGACGCUGUGAACACUUCUCUUCUCGGUCACGUGCCAUUCUUAGAAAUUAAAGUGAAUGAACGUAAUCAGUUAUCGGAAAUGUGUAUUAAAGAUAGUGGCAAUAAAGUUGAAAAUCAAGUGGCAUCUGCUGAGGAUCUCAAAAAAUUGGCCGCCAAAAGAAAAGAAUUGGAUAAAUAUGUUAAACAGAUACAAAAUUAUAAAGGACCCGAUAGGGAAAUACCUGUCAAAAUUUCCUCACCAAAGAAAAAUAUUCAUUUAGAUGAAGAUUUCGCUGUUCAUAGGGCGAAUACGGAUAAAUCGUUACUUGUUAAAAUAUGCAACUACAUUUGUAAAAGAUUCCGCAAGGUAUACUAAAAUAUUGCGUCAUUAUUUGGACGAACGUCA